AUGGCUUCUACUCAAGAAAUUCAUCAUUUACCUGUUCAAGGACAAGAUUUCAAUAUUCAAGGUGGUCAUCGUUUGCAGCCUACUAAACCACCAACGUUCACACACAAGCCACAUAAGAAAUGUGUUGCUUGUGAGCCAGUUUGGAAACAUAAACCACUGAAGAAGUGGAGCAAGCAUAAGCUGAAUAAAGAUGAAUGCUCUUCUUCUUCAAGUGAUUCAUGUCUGAGUACUUCUUCUUCAAAUGAUUCGUGUCUGAGAUCUUCUUCUUCAAGUGAUUCGUGCCUGAGAUUUUCUUCGUCAAGUGAUUCGUGCCUGGAUUCUUCUUCGUCAAGUGAUUCGUGCCUGGAUUCUUCUUCAGGAUUCAAGCCAAUUUGCAAGCAUAAGCCACGUAAGGAAUCCCAUUUACCUGUUAAGUGUUUCGAAUCCAAGCACAAGUUGAAGAAGGGGAAAGGUCAUUUCGUUCAAGGAAAAAAACCAAACUUAGAAUGCAAGUUCAAACCAACUAAGCAUUGUGAAGAGGAUGUUCACAAAUUGUUCGAUUGUGAAGAUAGAUUUAGAAGGUGCUUAACAUGUAAACAAGAAUUUACUUGCGAAUGUCUUGAACAUUCUCAUUUCGGUUUGUGUGCACUCAGAGUAUUCUUGACUAGAAGAUGUGAUUUUUUUGGUUGUCAUAGGUUAUGGGAAAAGCCAUGGUCAAAGCCAGGGCCAGAUAAAUGUCAAACGUCACACGCGACAAAAAAUUGA